AUGAAACAACAGAAUGGUACUCAGAAUUUACAGUUUCUCCUCCUGGGACUUUCAGAGAACACAGAACUGCAGCCUCUCAUAUAUUGGCUCUUCCUUUCCAUGUACCUUGUGACCGUUUGGGGGAAUCUUAUCAUCAUCCUGGCCACAGUUUCAGACUUCCACCUGCACACACCCAUGUACUUCUUCCUUUGCAACCUGUCCUUUGUGGACAUCUGCCUAACCUCCUCCACCAUCCCCAAGAUGCUGGUAAAUGUUCAUGUGCACCACAAGGCCAUAAGUUAUGAAGGCUGCAUCAUGCAAAUUUAUUUUUUUACAUUAUUUGUAGGGCUGGAUAACUUCCUCCUAGCUGUAAUGGCUUAUGACCGGUUUGUGGCCAUCUGUCACCCCCUGCGCUACACAAGCAUUAUGACACCUCAGCUCUGUAUGUCACUAAUUCUGGUGUCUUGGAUCACAAGUUCCCUGAAUUCUUCAUUACAAAGCUUUCUUGUGAUGCAGCUUUCCUUCUGUACUGAUGUGGAAAUUCCACAUUUUUUCUGUGAACUUAGCAUGUUGGUUCACCUUGCCUGUUCUGACACUUUUUUAAGUGAUAUGGCAAUGAAUGUAUUAGCUGCACUGCUGGGUGGUGGUUGUCUUAUAGGCAUCCUUUACUCUUAUUCCAAAAUAGUGUCCUCUAUACGGGCAAUCUCCUCAGCAAAAGGAAAGUACAAAGCAUUUUCUACCUGUGUGUCUCACCUUUCUGUUGUCUCCUUAUUUUAUUGUACCCUCUUGGGAGUAUACCUCAGUUCUGCUAUGACCCAAAACUCACACUCUACUGCAAUAGCUUCAUUGAUGUACACUGUCAUCACUCCAAUGCUAAACCCUUUCAUCUAUAGUCUGAGGAACAAUGAUAUCAAGAGGGCUCUGAAGAAGAACUUUGUGAAAGAGAAACUAGAAAAUUGA